AUGGCUUCUCACCUGGACAACGCGCUUCGUCAACUCUCGAUUGAAGAAGAUGAAGAACCCUUUGUGCUUCCUGAUCAUCCGGAGUAUUACUCAACGGGUAGGAACGCACUUAGCUUGGUGGGCAGAUUAUUAAACCCUCAGUGUCAGGAUAUGGCAGAUUUUAUUCUCAACAUGUCUCGGAAGUGGAAGUUGUAUGGUAGAGUGAGAGGAGUGGCUCUCACCCGAGAAAAGUUCCAGUUUAUUUUUACUCACGAGCAUGAUAUGCUUAACGUUCUUAACAAAGGCGUUCACACUCACAAUCUGUGGCCCAUCGUCUUGGAAAGAUGGGUUGAGAAACCUCCUGAAGAUUAUCUUCAGUUUAUCAUGGUAUGGGUUCAGAUGAGGAACAUCCCGAUAAACCACUACACGAAGAAAGCCUUAUGGUCCUUAGGAGACUUCGCGGGUCAAGUAGUGGAGGUUGCUUUUGAUCCAGACAAGCCGCAAAUCAAAGAGUAUGUAAGGGUGCUUGUACGUUUUGAUGUUUCAAAACCUCCCCGAAGAGCCAAGAAAGUAACAACGCCGGGUGGUGACACUGUGAACAUCCUGUAUGAUUAUGAAAGGAUUCAGAAACGGUGUUAUACGUUUCAGCGACUAACUCAUGAACAGCUUUCGUGCCCUAUCUAUAGGAAUACAAAGAUGUUGAAUGAGAAAACAGCAGGAUCAUCUUCAGAGAGUUUUGAUGCUUUGUCUGGAAAACCUAAGAUUGCUAAGGAAGUUAUGGAGGAUAUGCGACUUUACUUGCGUGCUGCUGAAGGUGCAGAGAGAUUAGCCAGAGAAGAAAGAGUUAAGAAGUCUUUUGAUGAUUUGGAGAAUGAUCCGGUUGGUCAGAAGACUUACUUAAGAUUGGAGCCUCCUCCGUCUGUCACUAAGAUUCUGGAUAAAAGAAAGGGUCAUGUCUAUGAUUUCAUAGCUCAAGAGGUGAAGACUCCUAGAUCUGAUAAGCUGAUGGCAAGUGCUAUUUCUGCGGGAACCAAAUCUCUUCAAUCUGGAAAAGUGGUAUCUGCCAUGCCUCUCUUGAUGGUUCAUUCUGAUUCUAGUCUCCCUGAAUUUUCUGCUCAGAGUUCAACGGGUUAUAGUGCUGGUUCUUUCGUCACCAGUGCUUCCGGGACUCCGAUAAAGAAACCUAAGGGUAGGCGAAGACCUGGUACUUUCAUCAGAAAGGCUAAUGGCAAGGGUACGUUGAAGGCAGAUGCGAGCAGAGGUUCUAAGUUUGGAGAAGGUGUCUUCACUGAUUCGAAGAGGAAAGCAAAGGAAGAUGUCGAGCCAUCUCAAAGCUCUGCAAGGUUUAAGAAACCAUUGGUGGUCCCGAUUGAGGGACCGUCCAAUAUCUAA